AGUUUGCGGCACAUGUGAAAUUCACUUUUUUGGCUCGGCGUCUUGGCGUCUUCGUUUCUAUUUCUUUGUUAUAAUUUGCAUGCGGGUUCGAAACUCUCUUGAUUUCAAUUAAUUGUUGUGUGCGAAAAACAAAAGAGCCGGGCCAAAUGGAUGAUAAUACGGAGAACGCAGAUGGAAAGCGUGUGACCCGUGCUCGAACUCGUCGCUUGUCCCUUCUGGAUACGGACAGCCGUCCGAGCACUCCGCAGUUGGAUACGGCGGCAGAACUCGCUGCCGCUUCGCCACGUGCCACACGCCGCACACGUCUGAACUCGUCCACUUUAGAUGUGAGGACUCCAACACGGACCAGGCGCGCGUCCUUGGCACGCGGUGAGACUCCCGAGCCGACGACGCCCUCUUCCGUGAAAAGGCCAACUCGCACGCCAGCUAAAAACACCAGAUCUGUGCGCCAACAGCUUACACUAACAGAGGAACCGGAGGAAAAUGAGGUCACGCAGGAAAAGCCCAGCCCCAGUACAAGUCUUGUGCCCAAGGACGACAAGGGUAAGGCACAGCGGAAGCCCAGUGUCAGUCCGAGUCCAAAGCGAACAGUCACACCCAAUCAGCAGAGUGAUGAGAAACGAGUGACGCGUUCUAUGUCUCAGACUCCACCAAUGGCAACUCGUUCGUCCAGUAAUACGCCUCGUGAUCUUAACGAUUCACCCAAAGUUGAGCAAAAAGCAUCAGAUGUCGAGCCAGCGAAGGCUAAACCCCAUAUUAAAACCACUCCCAAGGUGGCCGUAAAGCUAGAGAAACUUUCAAUGGAAAAAUUCUCUGGCAUGAUGGGAAAGGCACAGCAAUUGAUUGUACCGGAUGAACUCAAGGAUAAGGGAGCUGUUGAGGAGCAAAAUAAAUCUAUCGCUGCAGCCCAUUCACAGACACCAGAAACACAAGAAUCAGCUCAACCUGCCAAGGAUGCUGGCAAACAACCAUUCCUGAAGGCAUUUACCACACUUUCGAAACUUCAAAGUUCAAGUAAAGCUCUUCACACUGAUGAGAGCGCAGAUACAACUACAAAAAAAACUCCAAUCGCGACAUCCAAGAAAAUUGAAGAAAACAUGGAUGAUGUGUUCGAAACAUCACGCGUCGAGUCUCCUAAAGUUCAAAGAAAAAUCGAGACUCCGCAGAAAGUUCAUCCUGUUGCCACUUCUGAAAUUAAAGAAAACAGCGAGCCCGUUGGGGUAGACAAUGAAAUUAAAACGAAAACUGAAACUCCCCAGAAGGUUGAACCUCCUAAAAUUGAAAGCAAAGUAGAAACUCAUAAGCUAAUUGAUUCUCCUCAAAUGGAAAAGAAAAGAGCUACUGCACAAAACGUUUCUACUAUUGACUUAAUGGACACAAGCCCAGAAAAAGAUGAGUCCAUGGAGGACCAAGAGUUUUUAGAUGCAGAAGAUUCGAUUGUUCAGUUCGAGCCACAAAACGAUGAGCCAGUAGAGAAACCAAAUGAACUGGAGUUUGUAGACCUCGACGACGAUGAGCCGGUACUUCCGUCGGAAGCUCCAAAAAAUAAAGAAAAUGUCGAAGACGGUAAGGAAGUACACCCAGAUGAUUCAUUGGAUGAUGAGAAGCAAAACGAAAUCGAUGUUACCGAGGGUAAACAUCUGCCGGACAUAACUUCCGGCAUAAGAGCUCGUGCUGUGCGUUCCCCUGCUGUGGAGCAAAAAAAAUCGGUUGACUUCAACAACUUUAACACUGAUGACAUAGAGGUAGAAAAGAAACGGUUUCCCAAGACUCCAGGACGUGAGAAGGUGUCAGUUUGUCGCAUUCUGACUCCCAAGCCGGAGACGCCCUUAAAACUGGCUCUCCAAAAGGGUCGAUAUAGUUCCACACCAAUAUUCAAAGAUCAGGAGCGUGGUCUGUCCAACAGCACGAAGGAAUUGCAUCCAGCACCUCCUCAAAUUGAUGCUAUCAAGCCAUUCGAUGAGCUGGAAUCAAAGAAUGCUGAGGAUGAGAUGAUGGAACAAUCACGCAUGUCAAAGCAAAAGUCUGAGAAUAAAAUCCUGGCUGGGCUAGAAUGCUUUGAGGAAGAUGUUGAAGACCAAGAGGGUGAAGGAGAAAACGAGGAGGAGCACGAAGAAGACAAACCCAUUUCCGAAUUUGUGGCCCUAGAAGCUGAAGAUGCUGGGGAAGAUUACAAGUCUGGAGAUUCAAUGGACAGUUCGAUUCGCCGGGAAAUGGAGGAGAAUAAAAUUCCAAUCGAUGGGGAGUCCGUUGGCAGUAAGGAUACUGAGGAGUCUACCCCAGAAGAAUCUGAUGGCGACGAUUCGUUUAUUGUAUCGGACAACGAAGAUGAGGAGGAUUUAGGACAGCUUUGCUACUCCUCCGGCGAGGAUGAAAUUGAAGAUGCUGAAGAAUCUGAACAAGCUGAGAGUUCUAGCGUGAAACGUCGCCGCAUUGCUAUAGCGAGCUCCAGUGAUGAAGAACAUGUUAAAGUUCAGGGCAAUGAUUCCAGUAAGGACAAAACAGACAAGCCUAAAAACCAAAGCAACUGCUCAUCCAAUGCCAGUAAAUUAAGCGAAGCAGCCCAACUGUUGAACGCCAGUGAGGAAAAAUCUUCCAUCUCGGAAACCGAGCUGGAAAGAUCUCGCCAAGUCGCUCUCAACGAACUGAACAAAUCGGAGCGGUUCAACAAGACAGAAACGCAACUCGAUAUCAGUGUCAUGGAGGUGGACUCAUCAGAUAACGACGAGGAGGAGAAGACGGACAAGGUUGAAGCCAAGAGCAACAGAAGCCUGUACGAAAUAGUAGAUUCCGAUGACGGGGAAAAGCAAGAGCAAGACGAAACUGAUGCAGAUAAACCAGCUGAAAGCGAAAACCAUUCCGAAAUUAAAAAAUCUACAUCUUUCAUGGCCCAAAUGUCUGCAGCCAAGGGCAACAAAAGCGUAAACGAUAUAAUGGAUUAUUAUGAAACUGAGGACCCUAAGGAGGCCGAUAAAAACGAGGAGUCUGAUAAAGACAAACAAGCCGAAAAUGAGAAGUCUGAUGAAGGUAAACCAUCUGAAAGCAAAAGCCCUCCAACAAUCAAAAAAUCCACAAUUUCCACUGCGGAUGAAGAAGCUCUCCUCGCCGAAUUGGCCUCUAGUGAUUUGAGCCAUUUGCAAAAAAUGUUUAACCCUCUACAGAAAUCCCGCCGCCAGUCAUUAUAUGUCCCCAGUCCCGAGCUGGCAACCAAGAAGUCCAAGCUGAGACGCCGUAGUGAACUGGUUGAAGUUGGCAGUGACUUCUGCCCCUCUCAGUCCUUUGUUGACAUGGUGGCCGAGAAAAAGCGGCAGAAAAACAAGCGCAAGCGCCUGUCGAAAAGCCUAUCAGGCGCACCAGAGGAUCUUGAGGAAAUGGAGAUCCAGCACGAGCGCAAGCGCCUUAAGAGCUCACAUGGUGCUUCCACGGAUUCCUUGGAGGAGGACAACGAAAUCGAGACAAUGACUGUCGCCGAGGAACAUCAGAGCGACGGGGAAGUCUCGAAAAGUGAAGUUCCUAAUGAAGAAACGGCGGAUACUUCCCCUGAGAAACCAGCAGCUUCGGAAUCACCUGAAGAAAAAGAAACUGUCGCCGUAGAGGAGCUUCCUAUGGAGAAGCCGAAAACUUGCGAUUCACCGCCAUCCGAGGAAAGGCCUACAGAAAUUGUGACUUCAAAACCGAAAGGAAUGGCGCCGGUCAAGGUGAAGAAGACUGCCGAAUAUUACUUGGCAUACUGUCACAACCUCCUGGAAGCUGCCAACGAGGCUAAGUUAAAGGAAAAGAAAGAGUAUCUUGCCAGCGGAGCGAAGCAAAAGAAGCCAAAGCGACUGGCUGCGCAAGCGCCAUCCAAGCCAUUGGUCACCAUGGGCUCAGAAUCGGAAACCAUUACAACGAAAUCAUCCAAGCAGCCACCGGCGCUGAAGAAGGAUGUAAAGCGCCUACAGGCAGCGCGUCAGGCUGUGAGUCAUGCUGUUAAUCUUCUGGCGCCGCCAAAAGCCAGCGACGCAGAGCCACGCACGCUCUCGCGUAAAUUGUCGCCACAGCCGCCAUUGGUGGACAAGAAAUCAGCCAAACAGAAGAAGGGAAAAAAGCAAAAGCCCCAGGAGGCGUCACCGCUGAAGAGCUCCGAUGAGGAGAACCACGGCCAUCGUAUUCGAACAAAUGCUGGCUACGUGACGGUGGUCGAUGAGCCCCCCAAUAAAGUUCCAAAAAUCGAGCUGAUUAAGACCAGUUCGGGCAUGGUUCGAGUUGAGCCAUGCACACCCAAACAGAAGUAUUUCCGCGAGCUGCCGCCCACACCGAAAAUGCAUGGGUUCCGCGAGGAGCCAGGACCUUCCGGGAUGUCAAGGAAGCGGGCCAAGCACCCAGCACCAAAGGUCGAACACAAUUCCGCCAAACAGGCGGCGCUGCGCUUCAAGGAGCAGAUAUUUGCUCGCAGAUCUUAGGAUACAUUAGACUUAGAGAGAAAUUAGUGGAAAUGUUAAAUGUACACAAUGCAUACUUUAGUUGUCGUUUCUUUUCAUUAGCAUUUCCCCAAUUGAAUUUGAUUCUAUUAUUUGUUCUAUAGUUAUUUGUUACGAAAGCCCUUGCUCUUUGCCAUAUAUUAUUUUGUUUCACUGCACAUCACUUAACCACAAUUACUUGCACAUACCUCCGAAAUUUGUUUGUUGAAUUCUUUCCGAUUUAUCCAGCUAACGCGAGCAAGUUUGUUGAUCCAAUCAAGAUAUGAAAACAAUUAAAAUUAAUUUUAAUGUUCCCGGAGCACCAUCAAUAUAAGAAAUUUCCUUUUUUUUUGAACAUGUGAGAAACAGAAAAUAAAGCUAUCGAUACACACACAAAA